AUGCAACCACUCGCUGGAAAAGUCGCCCUUGUAACCGGGGGAAGCAAAGGAAUUGGUCGAGCAAUUUGUCUUCGUCUCGCACGCGAUGGUGCAAUAGUAGUCAUAAACUAUAGCAAUGACUCUUCCGCAGCAAACGAAGUUGCAUCAGCUAUCAGAGAGAAGAACACUACGGUUGUCAAAGCUGACGCCGGCAAUAUUGACGAUAUUUCAAGAUUGGUUGAUACAACCAUUGAGAAACAUGGAAAGAUCGAUAUCUUGGUUGCCUGCACUGCAACUGCGAAGUUCAAUGAAUUGGAAAAUGUCAGUGAGGAAGAAUUUGAUCAGACGUUCGAUUUAAAUGUCAAGGGUCCUUUGUUUCUCGCCCAGAAAUCCGUUCCUUACAUGGCACCCGGAUCCCGCAUCAUACUCUUCUCCACAACCCAAUGUCACGCCAGCACAGUAGCACCACAAUACCUAACAUACAUAAUGUCGAAAGGUGCCAUUGAGCAAAUGACCCGAGGUCUUUCGAAAGAUCUAGCACGAAAGGGUAUUAUGGUCAAUACUGUAGCGCCAGGACCAACGGCGACCGAGCUAUUCUUCAGAGGCAAGAGUGAACAACUUUUGAAGACACUUGCUGGCUUAAAUCCUCAGAAUAGGAUCGGGAAACCAGACGAGAUUGCAGAAGUUGUGGCAUUUUUGAGUAGUGAGGCAAGUUCGUGGGUGACGGGUCAGACACUUCAAGUGAAUGGUGGAAUGGCAUAA